CUCUCUCACUCUGUGACUCGGUUAUGGGUUGAGUGUGUGAGUGUGUCUUCUCAGGAUUUCUAGUUUCCCCUCGUAGAUAGAAAUACAGAGGACCAGUGUAUAAGAGAGAAGUUGACUGAACAGCGCACAGGCUGUCGCUCUUCACACCGGAUUCCGGGGGCACUGCUUCUCGGACUAAAAGCGUGCUUGUUCUGUCAGACGUACAGGGAGAAAGCCGUCUGCUAUGAGGUGGACGCAAAGUUAAGUGUGAUUUUUGAUUUAUAAACAUUUCUCAACCUGCAGCGGGAAGAGAGUGGAAAUCACGGAGCACCGCACUCUCACUUUUCCGCGGAUUGCAACGGCUCCUGCGUUUGAAAUAACGGAUAUUUUUUGCUCCGCGCAUUGGCAAGGAUCUACCACAUAGGUGUGCGAUGUUCAGAGUGCAGGUCGUGUUUUGCACUUUGUCGGUGCUCCUGUCCUUUUCAUUUGGCGGCGAUGUUAAAUCGCGGAGCUGCAAUGAUGUUCGGCAAGCCUACACCGCCAAAGGCUUUAGUCUCACCAGUGUUCCUCACCAGGAAAUAUCAGGUGAACAUCUGCGUGUGUGUUCCCAAGGUUACACCUGCUGCACAUCAGAAAUGGAGGAUAAACUUAGUCAGCAGAGCAAGCUGGAGUUUGAGAACCUGGUGGAGGAGACAAGCCAAAACCUGCGUACCACGUUCGUCUCUCGCCAUAAAAAGUUUGACGAAUUCUUCCUGGAGUUGCUGGAUAACUCACAGAGGUCACUGAACGACAUGUUCGUGCGGACAUACGGCAAACUGUACACGCAGAACUCGGAGGUCUUCCAGGACCUGUUCACGGAGCUGAAGCGCUACUACACGGGCGGCAAUGUCAACCUGCAGGAGAUGCUCAACGACUUCUGGUCGCGGCUGCUCGAGCGCAUGUUCCAGCUGCUCAACUCGCAGUACACCUUCACCGACGACUACCUGGAGUGCAUCAGCAAGUACACCGACCAGCUCAAGCCCUUCGGCGACGUGCCUCGGAAGCUCAAGGCCCAGGUCACGAGGGCCUUCAUUGCAGCCCGGACGUUUGUUCAGGGGCUCAUGGUUGGUCGAGAGGUGGCAAACAGAGUGGCGAAGGUGAAUCUGUUGCCAGGCUGUUCCAAGGCGCUCACGCGGAUGCUCUACUGUCCGUACUGCGGAGGAAUGCCUGACCUGAAGCCCUGUGCAAACUACUGCCAGAAUGUCAUAAAGGGCUGCUUGGCAAAUCAGGCAGACUUGGACCCUGAGUGGAACUUAUUCAUCGAUGCCAUGCUGUUGGUGGCAGAGAGACUGGAAGGACCAUUCAACAUAGAGGCCGUCAUGGAGCCCAUAGAUGUCAAGAUCUCCGAGGCCAUCAUGACCAUGCAGGAUAACACCAUGCAGGUUUCAGCAAAGGUUUUCCAGGGAUGUGGGCAUCCCAAGCCUGCUGGAAUGGGGCGGUCGGCCCGCGGCAUCACAGACACUUUCAACGCCCGCUUCAGACCCUACAGCCCAGAGGAGCGGCCCACCACCGCCGCUGGCACCAGCCUUGACCGCUUGAGGAUUGUCUGGAGGACAAUGCAACACAGCGUGGUCGACAUCAAAGAGAGGCUGAAGGAGUCCAAGAAGUUCUGGUCCAGCUUGCCUGACAGCAUCUGCACGGACGAGCGGGUGGUGAGCACAGACUCGGAGCAGUGCUGGAACAGUCACACCAAGGGCAGAUACUUUCCUGAAGUGGUGAAAGAUGGUUUGACAAAUCAGCUGCACAAUCCCGAGGUGGAGGUGGACAUCACUCGACCCGACACCUUCAUCCGCCAGCAGAUCAUGACACUCCGCAUGAUGACCACCAAGUUGCGGAACGCAUACAACGGGAAUGAUAUCUACUUCCAAGAUUCCAGUGACGAGGGCAGUGGCUCGGGCAGCGGGAGCGGCUGCACAGAAGGCUGCACCACAGAGUUUGACUUCGUCGGCACCGAGACCCCCGUGGUGGCUGCCGACCGGAGCGACGGGCGGGCAGCCACCGCCCCCGCCUCCGGAGCCUCCGCAUCCUGGUUGGCAGCCUCCUCCACCCUCCUCACGUCACUGGCCCUGCAGCUGGUCCUGCACUGGCAGUGGAGAUAAUGGUAGUGUGAUCGGUGGGAGAGAGAGGGAUGGGGGGGGGGGGGGGGUAGGAAUCACCAUGGACUCUCUGGACAUGACGGACAGCGUAGGCCGGACGUGGACGUUCAUGCUGUCAGCCUUCCGGACAGGACAAUUUUACAAAAAAAAAAUCAAAAAAAAAAACGAGAACAAAAACGGAGAAAAAUAAUGUUUUGGAAAGUGAGAACGAAAGAGAGAGAGAGGGUACAAACGUAAAUGAAAGUUAAACGAGAGUAAAGAAACCCUGGUGGAGAACAGCUUCGCUGCGAGGAGGAAAGCGAACGUGAGCUGAGCGCGCGCACCUCUGCAUCCUGCUUGUUCCAAAGAAUGCCUGGUGCCACCACCAAAACAGCUUUCAAUACGGCCAACUACUUUUCUUCUCAUUUGCAUCUCUGAGGCGGAGGGCGCUCAGUUGGAGAACAACCGUGAGAUACUAAAAGGACAAAAAAGAUUUAAAAAAAGAAAAUAAAUUCUAUUUUUCGUUGUUUUGUUUUAUACUGACUAAAUGGAAUCUUUAAAUUAAAUAAGAAAAAAAAAAACCACACACCCCGAAGUCUGUUUUGCCCCCCCAUCAGCCCCAACACAACACAGAAGAAAACAGGUGAUGUAUAGAUACUCACAUUCCACUGUGAGUAAACAUGAGAAGGCUGUCAGCAGGAAUUUGAAUUCUUUGAGCUUUUAAUUCUGCAUAUGCACACAAAGGAUGUGUCAUUGCUGUGAAUAAGCAGAAAUUAGGACAAAUGUUAGCGAGUUAAAAGCUUAAUACAGUUUUGCACACAUUUGAAAGUAAACAGUACAUGAAAGUCUUAGUAUAAACAACUUUAGCUGUUGCACAGAUUUGGUUAGUUCCAAUCUUUUUAUUAAUUUAAUCUUUGUUUUUUUUUUUCUUAUGCAGAGAAAAGAAAAUGUAUUUAUAUUUUCAAAAAAUGGCUAUAUUUUAGUGUCUAUCAACAUUGGAUCUAAAUUAACAUCAUAUCUAACAGAGCUUUUUAUGCUGAUUCUGGCAGUCUGUUCCUUUAAAGUGCAGGCAUUAAUUUAUUUUCAAUUUUGUUUUGAGAGCAUUGAUGUUAUUGGUGAAGUCAAUCAGUCUGACUGCAAAUGAAGGACUAAGUAAAUAGCCCAUACAGCUAAUCUGGCUCGUGUGAAUGAAGUCAUGCCCCUUGUCCAGAAUGCGCAAAUGUUUAGAAAUUUGUGAUGCACAUGUGUUGUCUUGAUGAAAUACCUUGAUCACCCCCUCCUCCAUCUAAAACCCAUUACUGUAAAUCACACAUAUGUCAGUGUCACACCACACUGAUAACUGUAUGAUUCAUUGAAACUUAAAAAAUUCCCCCCUGGUAAGUGUAGGGGUUGGAGCGGGGGGAGGAGUUGUUUUUGAGGCGGGUCGGGUGUUGCUAGUAGAUCCAAACUUGCUUUUCAAAGUACAUCAGUAUAUCUCCUCAGCCAAGUAUGUAUUAACCAUUUAUUUUUGUAACCACAGAAUUUAACCUUCUAUCUAUUCACUCAGGGUUGACCUGUCUGUAAACAUUACGUCCUUUUUUUCGUCAACCCAUUAAAAGUUCAUCGCGAUCACAUCAUACUUUUUUUUUUUUUUUUUAGUUCAAGCUUCCAUGGAGUGAUAAUGCAUUUCCAUUAUUGUGUGCUUCUGAUGCCAUGGCCCCUGUUUUACUUUCAAUGGAUGUGAGUUCUUCUUAUCCUUUUCUUGUUUGCUGUCAACUUUUUUUUUUGUGAGCAGCAGGGAACGGAGUACGUUUAUCCGCCCUUGUCACUUCCCCGGUCUCGUUCCGAAGCGUGUUCUGAAUGUCGUGAUAGCACUUUGAUUUCAAAUGAUGGAAGAACUGAUCUGGAAUUGGCUAAAUGAGCUGCACUCACCAAAACAUUGAAAACAAAGACCCCUGCGAAAGGUGAAUACUGUGUAUGUCAAUCAUAUUUAAUAGGGACUGAAGUUUAAUGAGGACUUUUCUGGAGGAUAAAUUGCUUGCAUUGUCAGACUGUACAAACACAGUAUGUUUGGAGUGUCACCACGUACAGUGAGUGAAUCAUUUUAAAGGGUUUAGGUUGCAUUCACACGCUGUUAGCUUGCCAAAUGUUACACCCUCGUAUUCGCCCCAAAACCCUGAGCGAGAGCUGAACUCAGUUAAUCACAUGCUUGUGUCACAGUUUUUCAGUCUUUCCAUUUUGUGUGGGUGACUCAGUUUUUCUCUGUUGCCCUCUUAAGAAUACUUCUUUUUCCUUCACAUAUUCCCACAUGAAUGACAUUCACUGCAGCUUGGCAGCUGGAAUGUCUUAAAAUUUGAUUUUCCAAACAUAUAAAACCCCCUUUUUUUUAAGAAGUACAGGUAACUUAACUCCGACACAGUCUGUCUCACCGAGCCACACGUCCUGAGUGUAGAAGGAAGUUCGAUUUGGAAUUGGUCCGUGUGUUUUGGAGAAAAACUAAGCUGGGGGACAAAAGAUUGAAAUUUGGCUGGCCUGUGAAGGCAGCAGGAACAGAUACGCUUGUGUGUGUGUUUGUGUGUGUCCGAUCCUCCGAUCCUGGGCUUUGUGAGGGCAAACCAUUCUUCCUUCCCCUAGAGCUGGUAAGAGACUGGGUUUUGGACAUGAGAAAUUCAGUGGGUCGAGUGUGUGUGAGCGUAGUGCAAAGGUCGAGCGCACCGGCAAGCUGCUCUCCUCAUGCUGAGCAGCCUGUGUGAAGAAUCUGGUGCAGUUACAGAAAGGAGCCUCUUUUAUUGUGUGUUCUUCAAACACGGAUGCCAGGAUUCUUUUUUUCCCUCUCUUUCUCUCUCUCUAGAGUGUGUGUAUGUGUGUUUGUGUGUGUGAGUGUGUGUGUGUGUGUGUGUGUGUGUGUGUGUGAGUGAGUGUUUGUUCGGGAGUGAAAUCCCUCAUCUUGAGCAGAGGGGCUGUGAGUCCCAAAAGGGCUUGUCGCUUCACACAACACAAAGGACCUCUUAGCUUGGAAAACGGAGCAAGUGUUCUGCCCCUCAUUUCAGUAGAGAAUUACUCCCCUCUCUCUUUUACCCCUCGCAGUCUGUUAGGGCCGCAGGUACUGUUAUCAGUGGAGUACAUCAGGUACACACACCAGAUAAUUCGGCAGUCCCUUUAUCGUGGAUACAUUUGUCUGAAUGUAUAGCUCCUUCAGUGGGUUUUCCCUGUUCGCUAAGACUGACAAUGGGCCUCUGUUUGCAUCAGUCUGUGUGGUAUCAUGAAUAUACCCUGACUAAGAAGAAAAGGCCUCACCAAAGGUGAACAGUUCUAAUGACAGUAUCAUCACAGUAAAUGUGGACUUUUCAUCAAUAGAUCUUAACUCCUUGAGUUGGUUUUAGCUCACCGUUGAUUUUGUUGAUUUUUUCCCUUCCUCCCCAAUCCCUCCUCCACCAUUUUAUUUCUGAUUUGGAGAAUGGGAAGUUAUUGGUUUUUGUCAUGUAUUUCAGAAGUGGCCUGGGCAUCUUUUUGCUGUCCAACUGAAAAAGCUCAAUUCUUCUAAAGCACAGUUUGAAUUGGUGUCCCACUGUGAGAACAUGGUUUGCAUGGCGUGUAGUAUGUCUGUUGUUUUUAACAUUCAGCAAGUUGUUACUGCUUUUUAACCAGUCAAUUCCCAGCGAGAGAAUAAGAAAAGGAAUGCCCUUGAUUGUCCGUUUUUUCUCUUUGCUGACAUUGCACUUUGACUCAACAGUUCUGCAUCGCUGCUCGUCUUUCUGUUUUACGUGAGGUUUACAUGUGAGUUAGAGGAUGCCCUGUUGACGUGCGUCACAUUACAAUUUGGCAGUGGAGUUAAAAAAAAAACAGAAGUACUCCGUGGAGUUCCUGCUAAAAGCACGCUGCUUUAAGCUAAUAGGGGUGACGUUAACGGCGACGUUCACGCCGUACAAGCAGACAUGCCUUACAAUUUCCUUUUUUUUUUUUUAAAGAAGUUCAAUGGAUUGCAUAUUUGGGUUUUGUUAUUCUCUCUUGUAUACAGAAAAGUAAUGGAAGGGGUGCAAAUAAACAUUUUAUAUAAAAAUAA